GAGAGACGUUUUGUGCUUACAAAGCAAAAGCCAACUGAAUUUUCUGUGACUGCUCACGUUGAAACUGUCCAAACUUGGUCAUGUCAGGGUAUAUGUUGACAAAUGAAUAAAUAAUGCCCGGUUGGGCAGAAAACCGUAGAACGGCCUCGGCUUCAAGUCAGCUUAAAGCUGGUCGGCUGGCGAUUUCGGAAAUGUCGGAAGUAUGCAUGUCCCGGCAAUUGCAGGCAAAGAGCGAUGCUGUCGACAGCCGAUGGACGAGGAGCCAUUCUCACGUAAAUGCGCCAAUUUACUGGCACACCGGCGUGCGCGGACAAGCCCUGGAGUUUCUUGCUGUCGUCUGCAUACUCGCGCUGGCUGGCUCUCCAGUGUGUCAGGCUGGAAUGACAGGCCUGGCGCUGCCGCCUCUGGACCUGGGCGCCGCGCAGUACGGCGGCGCCUGGGCGGCGGCCUCCUCGGGCGUGUUCACGGACCUCAUGCGCCACAGCGGGUCGCCGAUGGGGUGCGGGCAGCGCAGCGCGGCGGCGGGCAUCGCGCCCAACGGCACAUGGAGCUACCUCAACCCGCAGCUCAUCACGUGGAGGCCGGACGGCUACCCGGCAGGCCUGAGUCCACCCGCCGGCACCCUGUGGAGCGCCACCGCCGUCAUUGCGCCCGGCCCCGGCCCCGGCCACUACAGUCCGGGGCGCUAUGUGCUGCUGUGGGACGGCAGCGGCACGGUGGUGGCUGACGGCGACGCCGCCUAUCCCCCCCUGGAGUCGGCACCGGGGCGGCAGCUGCUGGACCUACUGCCCGGCCGGGGCAACGGCACCGGCCUCCGGCUGCGGCUGGUGGCGUCCGCGGCCUCCGACCCACUGGUGCGGCUGCGGCUGGUGCCGGCGGCCCUGGAGGCGGGGGCGGCGUACGAGGAGGCGCCCUUCACACCCACCUUCCUGCAGCUGCUGAGGGGCAUUCCGCUGCUGCGCCUCACGGCCUGGAUGCGCGCGGGCACCGACCCCAACAGCCCCCGCACUGCGCCGCGCGACUGGGCGACGCGCACCACACUGGCACACGCCUCACAGGUUCGUGACGCUGACGGUGUGGCUGUGGAGCUGCUGGUGGGCCUGGCCAACGCCGUCAACGCCUCGGUGUGGCUCAGCCUGCCGCGGGCCGCAGCCGCCGACGACGCCUACGUGGCGGGCAUGGUGGGCGCCGUGGCGGGCGGGCUGCGGCCGGGGCUGGGGGUGGUGGUGGAGUACGGCGCGGAGGGGCCGGGCUGGCUGGGGCCGCACCUGCCCAACGCCACACGCCUGCUGGCGGCGGUGGCGCGGCGGGUGUGGGCGGCGGCGGGCCGGCCGGCGGCGCAGCUGCGGGUCAUCCAGGCGGUGCCGGCGGCCGAUGUGCUCGCGAACGAGGUGGAGGGCGCGGGCGGCGACCUGAGCCACCUAGACGCACUGGCCGUGCCCGCCACCUUCGGCGGCCGCAGCCACUGGGUGUGGCCGGGGCUGGACUGCCCCACGGGCUGGGCCGACCCGGCCUUCCUGGCGGCGCCGCAGCGGGCGGCGGGCGCGUACGGGCUGGAGGAGGCGCUGGGAUACAUACGCUCCUCUGUGCUGCACGCCGACGUGGCCUACCACCGGGUGCGGCAGCAGCUGGCGGCGCGCGGGCUGGGACUGCUGGGCUACGCGGCGGGGCCGGAGCUGACGGGGCCGAGCUACGGCGCCCGCGCCAACUACGACCGAGUGCUGCAGGCCUGUGGCGGGUCCACCCCCACCUGGCCCUGCACCUUCACCGGCCCCUACCCGCCCUGGGGCGGCCCCGCCAACACCACCUGGUCGGACGCCGCCGCGCUCGCCGCCAGCCUGCGGGGCGCCCUGGCCGCCAAUGCCAGCCGGGAGACGGACAUGGAGGCGGUGACACGGGCGGCGCGACAGCACAGCAGCAUGUACGACAUGACCGCCGACUGGCUGUGGCGCUGGCACGGGCAGCUGGGCGGCGGGGACCUGGUGCUGGACCUGGGCCGCACCGCCGGCAGCUGCGACACAGCGCCCGGGCAGCGGGCGGGCGUGUAUGCGCCCGAGGAGUGCCGCACCCCCUCCCUGGUGGUUGCCUCGCCGGCCGACUCGCCCGUCUACCGCGCCCUGCAGGACUGGAUCGCAGCCACAGGCCGCGGCGGCGAGGGCGCCGCACCCGCCGACCCCACCUCACUGCCCGGCGCCCUGCCGCGUAGCGCCGCCACCGCGCCGCCCGCCGUGCCGCCCGCCGCCGCCUGCCCCGCCGCCUGCGUGUACGGCAGCUGUGUGGGCGGCCGCUGCAGGUGCUGGGUGGGCGCGGGCGGCCCCACGUGCGGCCAGCUGGCGGCGGCCAACGCCACCCCGGCAGCGUGCAACCCGGCCGUGGGCAUAAACCUGGAGGGUAUCUCGGACUGGUCCCGCGCCUGGACGUUCGUGGACGUGUUCAAGGCCGCACGCGACUGGAUCCACCAGUCCCUCACGCCCGGUCCCUGGUCCCUGGCGCCGCCCCUGCCCGUCAUCUCCUCCCCGGACGGCCCGGGCGGUGCGGCCGCGCUGGGCUACCCCGCCGCCCCGCUGCCGCCCGACAGCCGCGCCUCCACACUGGUGAUGCGGGACCUGCAGGGCCACAUCCCGGGCGGCGUGUACACAGUGUUGUGGGAGGGGCGGGGCGCGCUGGACUUCUCCAUGUCUGACGUGCGCGCGCUGCAGCUUGUGGAGGCGGGGCAUGCCCGCGUCACCUUCGCGCCUAGCUCUGACAUGAACAACGGCAUCCUUGUGUCCAUCGAGCGCUCCGACCCCGCCGACCCGGUGCGCAACAUCCGCGUACUCACACCCGGCUACGAGGCGGACGCGCUCAGUGGCGCCGCGCCCUUCCACCCCGCCCUGCUGCAGUGGCUGAGGCCCUUCGGCACACUGAGGUUCAUGGCCUGGUCUCGCACCAACGACGCCGACCAGCCCACCUCCUGGCCGCAGCGCCCCACCCCCGACACCGCCUGGUCCUACGCCGCCGCGCCCGGUGGUGUGCCGCUGGAGCUGCAGCUGCUGCUGGCCAACACACUGGGCGCCCAGCCCUGGCUGUGCCUGCCCGCAGCCGCCGACGACGACUACGUGGCCGGCAUGGCGGCGGCGGUGGCGGCCGGGCUGCGGCCGGACGUGGGGGUGGUGGUGGAGCUGGGCAACGAGCUGUGGCACACGGGGUUCCCCGGGGGGCAGUACGCACAGGCGCAGGGGCUGGAGAUGAACCUCACGGAGCAGGGGGACAGGUGGCCGGGCGGCCUGAACAACGAGGCCCGUCUGUGCUGGGUGGCGCACCGCACCGCCAACAUCAGCCGCAUGUGGCGGCAGGCCUGGGGGCGCGACCGGGCGGCGGCGCGGCUGCGGGUGGUGGUGUCGGCUCAGGCUGUGUGGCCGCUCACCACCGCCAAGCUGCUCAGCUGCGGCGGGCCGGCCGUGACGGAGCUGAUCGACGCCGUGGCCAUCGCGCCCUAUUUUGGCGCGUACGACCCAGCCCGCGACACCAACCUCACCACCUUCAUGACCGUCACGCUGCCGGCGCAGAUCGACGCGCUGCUGGUCCAGGUGCGGCAGCACGCAGCCGCCGCCGCCGCCGCCGGCAAGCCGCUGUGGGCGUACGAGGCCGGGCAGGGGCUGACGGGGGACGGCAGCAGCGCCGACCUGGCCAUACAGGCCAACCGGCACCCCGCCAUGUCCGGCCUCUACUCGCGCUACCUGUCCGGCCUCGUCUCCGCGGGUGUGAGCCGCAUCGUGCACUUCAGCAGCUUGGGCGCCGCCAGCCGCUUCGGCAGCUGGGGGCUGGCCGAGUGGCAAGACCAGGACCCAGCCACCGCGCCCAAACAGCAGGCUCUGUUGUCCUUCCUACACGACAACCUGCAGUGCCCUCUGCCGCCGCCGCCCGACCCCGCCGCCUGCCCCGCCGGCCCCGACCCCACCUCCUCCCCCUCCUCCUCCGGCGCACCCCCGCUGCUGCUGCCCUGCAGCGGCCGCGGCGCCUGCCUGGCGGGCGGGCGAUGCGCCUGCUGGUCGGGCUACAGCGGGGAGGCCUGUGGGGAGGCCACCUACACAGAGGUGUACGACUGCGGGUACAGGUGCACAUUCGACCAGGGCGUGUGCAACACCACCUCCGUGUCCGUGUCCGGCUCCGGCUCCAUCCGCACAUGGAGCUGCGCCUGCGGAGGGCCGCCCGGCCUCAUCGGCGGCCGCCACUGCAGCAUCGUCAGCUGCCCCAACGACUGCAGCUGGAACGGCGAGUGUGUGGACGUGGGCGUGUGCUCCUGCUACCCCGGAUACUCCGGACCCGACUGCUCCGCGGACUGCGGCUGCGGCGGACACGGCACCUGCGACGGCGCCGGCGGCUGCGUGUGCGAUGUGGGCUGGCGGCUGGCGGCGGGCGGCGGCUGCGAGUGGGACUGCAGCGGCUGCGCCCCCGGCACGGCCUGCGUGGGCCCCGGCGAGUGCGGCUGUGCCGACACGUGUGUGUACGGCGACUGCUUCCACGGCGCCUGCCGCUGCUGGGCCGGGUACGGCGGCGCCGGUUGCGACCUGGACGAGGUGGCGGCGGCGGCGGCGGGGCGGCCGGCGGUGCCGCGACUGAACCGCGGGUCGGGCGCGGGCGUCAACCUGGCCGGCCCCGCCCCCUGGAGCACGGAGUGGGUGUGGACGGACCUGAUGAAGGGCAGCAGCGGCUGGAUGACCGCCAACACCCCCGACACGGCUGCCGAGAACCCCUUUGACACGGGGGCGGCGCUGGAGCUGUGGCCGGGCAGUGGCUACCCGGCCCGACUGCCGCCAAACACGUACGCGCACGUGCUGCUGCAGCGCGACCUGCAGCUGCACGCCUGGCCGGGCCGCCACGUGCUGCUGCACGAGGGCGAGGGACGGCUGGACCUGGGCAUGGACGCCACAGUGGUCAGCAGGUCCAAGGGGCGGCUGGAGUUUGAGUUCCGGCCCUCCGCCGACCUGGCCUGUGCCGCCACCGGCGCGGCCUACUGCGGCGACAACGGCAUCUCGCUGCGCCUCACCGCCACCAACCCCGGCAACCCGCUGAGGGGCAUCCGCAUACUGCCCUCCGCACCGCCCGGAGCCGCCGCCUCCGCGGGCGGGCCGGGUGCGGGCGGCGCGUGGGAGGGGCGGUGGCGGCGCGCACCCUUCCACCCCUGGUUCCUCAAGAGCCUGGCCCGCUACCGGGUGCUGCGCUUCAUGACCUGGCAGGCCACCAACACGGCCGACUGGGCGCCGGCGGACGGCCGCACCGCCGCCGCCUCCACCUACUCGGGACCGGGGGCCACCCAGUGGGGGGCGCGGGUCACACCCGACUUCCACACCCAGGCCGUGUCCUCGCUGGGCGGUGUGGCUGCCGAGCACGUGGCCCAGCUGGCCAACCUGCUGGGCGCCGACGUCUGGCUGGCCGCGCACCACACCGCCGCCAACGACACGGUGGCGGCCGCGGCGGGGCUGCUGGCGGCGCGGCUGAGGCCGGACGUGGCCGUGUACGUGGAGCACUCCAACGAGGUGUGGAACCCGCUGUUCCCCGCCUACGGGUACGCAGUGGACCGCGGCCGGGCCCUGGGCCUGGCGCCGCCCUCCGCACCCAACACCACCGCCGCGUACCGCUACCACGCGCUGAGGACAAUGCAGAUUGGUGAGAUCUUCAAGGCCGCGUUCGCCAGUGCCCCGGGCGGCGGCUCCGGCCGUGUGCGAGUGGUGCUGGGCGGCUGGGGCUACCUGUGCGACGGCGGCGCCGGGUGCGGCCGAGUGCACAUGAACGAAACCCUGGGCUGGAGGGACACGGCGCAACAGGUGGACUACUACGGGGUGGCCGCCUACUGGGACUGCGGGGGUCUGGGCGGCAACGGCCCCGCGGACGUACUGCUGAGCGUGGAGCAGAUGAUCGCAAGGUGCAAUGCCUCGCUGCCAGCCGCCGCGGCCGCGGCCCGGGCGCUGGUGUCUGCGGCCUCGCCCUGGGGGGUGCCGCUCAUCACAUACGAGGCCGGGCCCUCGCUGGUGGAGGCCGCGGCGCUGCAGUCCGGCACCACCACCACACCCGGACUGGCAGCCAAGCUCACCGCCGCCAGCCGCCACCCGGCCAUGUACGGCCUGUACCGCAGCUACCUGGCGGCGGCGGUGGCGGCGGGGCUGGUGUCGGGCGGCGGCGAGGGGCGGCCGUACAUGCAGUUCGUGAGUACGGCACUGCCCAGCCAGUACGGCAGCUGGGGGCUGCAGGAGUACACGGGGCAGCCAGUGGCCGAGGCGCACAAGUACCGCGCCCUCAUGGACUGGCUGGAUGAGCAGUCUGACGCCAGCGGCCGCGCACUGCCGCCGCGCCGGCCGCUGUGCCUGGACCUCACCGCAGCGGGCGGCGCGGGCGCGGGCGUGUCGGGCUCUGCGGGCGGCGGCGGCGUGGGUCUGGGCGAGGGGUUGCUGUCGGGCCCCCCCGCGGUGUGGCUGCCCGCCGCCGGCUCCGUGUGGCUGCUGGGCCUCACGGCACCGGUGCGCUGGGCCACAGUGGGCUUCCCCACCACCAAUACCUCCGCCUCCAACCCCACCUCGUCCACUCUGGACAUCACGCUGUGGCGCGAGUCCGACUGUGUGCCGGCAGCGGCAGUGGGGGCCGCAGUGGGGGUGGGGGUGGGGGUGGGGUCCGCCGCGCCCAUGUCCGCGCAGCAGCGGCCCAGCAGCCAGGCGCUGCUGGUCCUGGCCUCGGGCCUGUCGGCCGCCGCCGCCGCCAGCGGCCGACUGGACGUGAGCCUGCCGCUGCCGGGCGAGGCGCCGGCGGCGCUGCUGGCGGCGCUGGCGGCGGCGGCGGCCCCCGGCGGCGCCGGCGGCCGGUUUUUUGUGCGGCUGAGUGACGGGCUGAGCGCCAACUACAGCGAGCCGUUCGACAUCGCGCCCGCCCUCACCUACACGGCGGACGCCGACUGGGGUGCUUGUGACUGCGCCGCCGCCCCCGCCCCCGCCCCCACCCAGCGCCGCAACCUCACAUGCACGCCGCACCCACGCGCGCCCGCGGGACUGGCGGCGGCGCUGACGGCGGCUGCCAGCACUUCAACGGGCGCCGCCGCCGCCGCGUCCCUGCUGCCGCAGCGGGAGCUGGCGCCCAUGCCUCAGCCCCGCUGCGGCACCUUCUACGUCCCCUGGAACCUGACGCAGCAGGGGGUGCCCGGCGACACCCGCUGCUCCUUCAACGCCGACACGGGCUGCCGCACCUUCCGCACCUCCAACACCGGCAUGUGGGCCUGGUCCGUCUUCAAGCCCGUGGAGGACUGCACCGCAGGAGACAGCCCCUGGCCGGCGGCGGCGGCGGCGGCAUCUGGCGCCUCUGCUGCCCUGCCGCUGAGCCUGUGUGCCGCAUGGGACCCCGCGCCCCCGCCCGCCGCCAGCCAGCCCUGCCCGGCCGACGCCUGCCCCUCACCGCCGCCCGCACCACCCAGCCCCACUCCGCCCAGCCCCACUCCGCCCGCGGCCGCACCCUCGCCGCCGCCGUCGCCUCCCCAGCCGCCCCCCUCUCCUCGGGCCUCCCCCGCCCCCCCGCCCUUCUGCACCACCUCCGACACCGCCGCCCUCCUGUCGCAGCUGAACUGGGGCGCGGCGGACUGCGACCCCACUGCCCCCUUCCCCGCCUGUGGCGAAGGCGAGCUGUGUGUGGCGGUGGUGGGCUGCAGCCAGUGGGGCUGUGACGCCGCCGCCGCCGCACAGGGCUCCCUCACGCAGCGGCCCUGUGUGGGCCUGUGCCGCCCCCUAGCCCUGGGCCCCCUGGCCGCCCGCCUCACACCCGACGGCCGCGCGGUGCGGCUCAGCCUCAGCGCCCCGGCGGCGCCACUGGCGGCGGUGGCGGCGGCGGGGGGCUCGGCCGCUAGUGCCGCCUCGGGUGUGGGGUGUGACCAGGUGUUUGCGGCGGACACGGCCGCACUGCUGGGCGGGGCUGGAGCCGUGUGCUGGCUGGAGGCGGACAGCAGCAGCGGCAGCAGCGGCAGCAGUGGCAGUAGCACCAGUGGCAGCAGUGGCCGGGUGCUGGUGGCGCGACUGGCGGCCAACUCGAUGGCGCUGCCCGGUCUGCCGCUGCAGCUGCGGGGUGCGGGCGGGGCGCUGGUGUGGGUGCGCGACCGCACACAGCCCUUCACAGGGGAGGUCACGCUGGACGCAUGUGACCCCUGUGCGCCGCCGCGUGUGGUCAUCAGCGGACCCGCCGUCCUCACCGCCGCCGCCUGCGACUCCCCGCUCCAGCCCACCUCCGCAUCUGCCUCCUCCUCCUCCGCCGCCGCAGUGGCGGUGUGGGACGCCUCCGCCUCCUCCGACCCCGCGGGCCGCGCCCUGGCCUUCACCGCCGUGCGCUGGUCGGUGCCGGAGGGCGCGGGCAGCCCCGGCGGCCGGGCGGUGCUGGCGGCGGCGGCCCUGCGCACCAACUUCGCGCCGGAGCGGCUGGUGCUGGCGUUGAGCGCGCAGGAGGUGCAGGCGCUGGAGGAGGGGCUGGAGUACAGGAUUCAGGUGGAGUUGACGUCCUGGCUGGGCAGCUCCGCCGCCGCCACCGCCUCCUUCCGCCGCGCGCCCACCGCCGCCCUGCCGCCGCCGCCAGUGUCCAUCGCGGGCGGCACCCAGCAGUCGCUGCGCCUCGGUGCCGGCCUGCGGCUGGCGGCGGAGGUGGCAGGCGGCGGCUGCCGCGGCCGCAGCCUGGGCUGGCGCUGGUCGCUGGCGCCCUCCUCGCCGCCACUGCUGCGGGCCGGCGGCGCCUGGGGCGGGCUGGUGGCGCUGGCGGCUGCGGCUUUGUCGGGUCAGUCGCUGUACAUGCCGGGAGCGGCACUGCGCGCCAGCGGCCUCAGCCACGGCGACAGACUGGUGCUCAGACUCACAGCCGCAUACACAGCUACAGCUGCCGGUAACAGCAGUAGUGGCAGUAGCAGUAGCAGUGGCAGUAGCGCUGCGGCUGUGACGGAGGUGGAUGUGAGCCUAGCUGUGGUGGGCUCGGAGCCGGUGGCGGCCCUGUCGCUGUCGGGCUGGGGCUCGGGCGGGGACGUGUGGGACAACGUGACGCUGGCGCUGGACGCAGCUGCAGGCAGCUACGACCCAGACCUUCUCCUUGGCAGCAGCAACACCGGCAGCAGUAGCAGUGCGCGGGCAGGGCUGAGCUACAGCUGGAGCUGUUUGCGGGAGGACCUCGCGCCCUGCUUUGACGCGGGCGGCGGUGGGGCCGGCGGCAGCUUCAGUGCUGACGGCGGUGUGUGGAGCGUGCCGCCGGGGCUGCUGGCGGCGGGCAAGAGCCACACCUUCACAGUCACGGUGACCAAAGGCGGGGGCUCGGGGCCUGCUGCUGCUGCUGCUGCUGCUGGGGCGCCCCUGACUGCCAGCGCCUCACUGACGCUGCGGCCCAGGUCGGUGGCGGGGGCUGUGUUCCCGCGUGCGGUGCUCAGCCGGCAGUGCGCCGCCGCCGCCUGCGCCGCGCCGCACCCCGCAGACCGAGACCUGGUGGUGCUGCUGCGGCUACUGCCGCCCCACGAUACCGCCGCCACCGCGGCGGCCGUGAACGUGAGCUGGUCCUCUCCUGACUUGGCGGUGGCGGCGGCAGUGGCCUCUCUGGGUCCGUCCACAGCCGCCGCCGCCGGCGACCCCGCCACCCAGCUGCUGACGGUGCCUGCGGCGGCGCUGCCCGCCGGCCGCAGCUCCCUCACCCUGGUGGCCAGCCUGAUGCUGGCGCAGCCGCAGCAGGGCGCCCUCAGCGGCACCGCCUCCCUCACCGUGCCACUCAACUCGGCGCCCUACUGCGGCCGCGACCGGGCCGCCCCCGCGCAGUGCCUGGCCCUGGCCCUGACCGGCUCCUUCCCCACCGCCGCCGCCGCCCUGCGCGCUCAGGACUGGGUGGACGACGCAGCCUACGACGCCGCCGCACCCGCACCCGACACAGAGCUGGCGGCGGCGGCGGCCCUGCGCUACGAGUUCGGACUCAUACGCCGGACCGCCACCACCACUGCUGCUACUGCCGCUGGCGCCAGCACUGUACGGCAGUUGUACGAGGUACGGCAGGUUGGCGCCGCCGCCACCGCCGUACUGGCGGGACUGCCGGUCGGCGAGGUGACGUUCUACUGCUGCGCUGUGGACGUGGCGGGUGCCCGGGCCUGCGCCGCACUCAAUGCGACUGUGCCGGCGCCCGCGGCGGUUGGGAGCGGCGGCGGCGGCAGUGGCUUUGACGCCGGCGCGGCUCUGGCGGCCCUGGACGUGUCGUCAUUGAGUGCGGCGGGCGACCGGCACACACUGCUGGCGGCGGCGCACCAGGCGGCGGCGCUACUGUCCUAUGUGAGCUCCGUCAGGGGUGGCAGCAGCAGUGCCAGUAGCAGCAGCAACAGCAGUAGCAGUGCGCCAGUGCUGUCGGCAGAGCUGGUGGCAACGCAGACGGCAGCGCUUGUGAGUGCCAUUUUGGGCACCGGCAGCAGCGUCACGGACAGCAACGAUAACAGCAGCACUACCGCGGCGGCUCUGCUGCUGGCGGAUGCGGACGAGGCGCGGCAGAUGGUGUCGGCGCUGGCGGCACUGGCUGCCGCCGCGGCGUCCCUGCUGCCGGACUCCGCCAAGGAGCCGCUCAUGAUGGCGGCCCGCGCCGCCAUGGCCGCACUCACGUCGUACUCCUCCUCCUCCUCCUCCGUGUCUUCUGGUGGCAUUGCAACCUCCGGCACGUUGUCGGCGGACGCCUCCUCCCCUUGGUCCAGCGCCGAAGCCACCGAGGGCUUUGUGACGGAGCUGUGUCGACUCGUCGCCGCCGCAAUGCCGGCCAGCGCCGCCGCCGCAGUCGUGGCGGAGGCUGGCGCCACCAACACCUCGGCACGGCGCGCGGUGCUGCACGAGGUCUACCCCGCCCGCCACCUGGCCGCAGACACCUCCCCCACAUCCGCCUCCGCCGCCGGCCCCCCCGCCUCACUGGCUGUGUCGCGGCUGGCUGACGUGGCUCUGCUGGCGGCGGCGGCGGGCGGCGCACUGGGUCGCCAGGCGGUGCCGGGCGGCGGGCCGGGCUACGAGGCGGCAGGGGAUGCCGGGUUGUACGUGUCAGCCGGCACAGCCCUGCUCAGCAGUGGCACCUCUGCCUCCUCGUCAGCUGGUAGCCAGCUGCUGCUGAGCGCUGGACCAGAGGCUGUAGAAGCGGCUGCGGCUGCGGCGCAGGGGGGCAGCAGCAGCAUGGGGCGGCACCGCCGUCGUGAGUUGCUGACUACUGCCAGUGCUACAGCCACCGCCUCCGCGGAUGCCUACCUGGUCCUGGCGGGCGCAGUAGCAACAGGCGCCGGUGGCUACAGCCUCAGCCUCACCUAUGCGCCCUCGGCCUCGGCCGCUGUGGCGUCUGUGGUGGCGGCGGCAGCGUCGGCCGCCGGCCUGGCCCCCGUGACCCCGCUGGGCGGCCUGGCGGUGGUGGGCUGGAGCCCGCUGACGUCAGCCGCCGCCGCCGCCGGGUCGCCGCCGGCCCUGGACGGCACCAGCAGCUACCUACAGCUCCGCCUGCCGGUCACCUCCACCUCCUUCAAUGCCUCCCGCACCGCCGCCUGCCUCGCCUACGACCCAGCCAGCGGCCGCCUCAGCGGCAGCCUGGCCGGAGUGGCGCUGCCGGCGGGUUCGGGCGCCGCCGCCGCCACCACACCGCCGCCGUGCGCCUUGGAGCGCUAUGACGCCGCCAGCAGCCGUGUGGUGUGCCGCUGCGCCGCCGUGGGUGCCUACGUGGCGGUGCAGGGCCCCGAGCAGCCACGGCCGCCCUCACCCGCACCCGGCAGCCCGGGUGUCAGCCCGCCGCCGCCGCCCUCGCCGCCUCUGCCGCCGCCGCCUGCUGGUCAGGAGCAGCUGGGGGGUACCAGUGCACCUGUGGCCACCAGCUCAGAUGCCGCCACGCCGCCAGAUGCAGCGGCCGGCUCCGACACGGGCGCCAUCGUGGGCGGCGUGGUGGGCGGGGUGCUGGGGGCGGCGGCACUUGCGGCGGUGGCUGCGGUGUUCGUGUUGCGCCGCCGCCGGCUUGGCAGCGGCAGUGGCGCAACCGUGGCGGCUGUGGAGGACGGGUCCCGGAGCGGCACCGGCCAAAACGGCGUGUCCUUCACUGGAUCCAGUGACGAGGUGGCCUCGGACAGCGGUGACACGGCCCCAGACAGCGGCGGCCUGGCGCCACACCCCACCUCGCCGCCAGCUGGCAAGCGCGCAGCCGGCACCGGGUAUGCCAAGGGCGCCGCACUCGGCGCCACGCCACGCACCGCCUCCGCCUCCGCGCCCCCCACGCCCCGGGCGCCCAGCUCCCCUCGCAGCGCGGCGCGCCUGUUUGGCGCCUGCUUCGGUGGUGGUGGGGGUGGUGGUGGGGGUGGUGGCACGGGUGGUGGUGGUGGCGGUGGCCGCAUAGGGUCGGCAAGUCGUGCGGCUGGCGGCACCCUGGAGGAGCAGUGGGCCAACCUACUGCAGGCCCCGCCUGCGGGGAGCCAGCGCCGCCACAGCAUCAACCUGUCGUUCGGCAUGGGCGCAGCCAACGUGCGUGUGCACAGCGCCACGGACCCGCCGGCCGCGGGGCCCUCGGGCCUGCACGGGGGGUCGGGGCCGGCCGGAGUGCACCCGGGCAUGGGGCUGGAGUCGAGGCUGCUGCGAGGUGCAGCUGGCGGCGUUGGUGCUGGCGGCGGCAGUGGGGCGGGCGGCAGUGGCGCGGGCGGCAGUGGCGCGGGCGGCAGCCGCCCCGCCAGCCGCAUGGGCAGUGCCACGCCGCUGGGUCCGGGCCUGAACGGGGGAGUCACCGGGGCCCCCGGGUACGGCAGGUCGUCUGGGGGGCCCGACCUGGCGGCAGGUGGCGGCGGCGGGGCACGCAGCCCGGCAGGCGCGGUGGCCUGGGGCGGGGGCGUCGGGGGUGCGGGCCACGGUGUGGGUGGCGAUGGCGCGGCUGCGGCCACCCCCCGCUCGCGCCUCAGCUCCGUGCACACCGCAGUCGCUGCCACAGUGGCCGCCGCGAUGGGCGGCGGCAGCCCGGACCCUCGCCGCGCCGCCGCCGCCGCUACAGCUGCUUCGGCGGGUGGCGGUGACGACAGCAGCGGCAGCAGCAGCGCCAAUCACUCGGUCGCCCCACUCACGGCGCGCAGUGGCGGCGGUGGGGGCAGCGGGGCGGCGGAGGCGCCUCCGCAGCCGCUGCUGCCGCUGCCCCGCGACAUUGCGAAGUCCGGCUCGCAGCAGCAGCUACUGCCUGGGGGGAGCGGGGGACAGCAGCAGCAGCAGCAGCAGCAGCAGCAGCAGGAGGAGGAGGAGGAGGAGGAGGAGGAGAAGGAGGAGGAUGGAUGCGAGGCACGCGGACCGGGUGAGGUUCCUUGAGUGCUUAGGUUUUAGCGAAUUGGAGUUUACGGUGAGGCAGCCAGAGGUGACCCAGCAUAGCUCGUGUGUGGUCCGAACUGUUGUGAAGUGGCAGCCAACGUGCGGAACGGAGUGUAUGACCAUAGCACAGGAGCACCACCGGAUGGAUUGAAAGCGGCAUUCAUCAAGUCAUUAAGCAUACGGUACCCGCUUACACAAGGGGCCGGCGUCGUAACUUAUUUCAAACUUGCGUACGGCGGCCUGCCUGGCCCCCAAACCUGGCCCCGUUCAGUACUCCUAUACCUUGACUCCUGCAUGUUGCAUUGAUGCCGCAUUGCAUUUAUCGUGAGCCCAGGGCUUGCAUUUUCGGCGAGCGGCAAGAAACAGGCCUUAACAGGCCCCCAUGCAAGCCCUCGCUUGGGCAUGUAACGGGGUGCAUUUUCGCUGCGUUGGGCUGCAUACGGUCCCUGAAUCACCGCUACUUCUUUGGGGGGGGGUCGUACUGCAUGCCGUGGGCAAGAACGCGGUGAGGGACCUUCUCGCCAGUAGCGGCGGCCUACUUCUGGAAGAUGCAAGCCCUGCUUGAGCCUGUACGUGGACGUGCGCUUACGUGCGUGGAUUGUGUGCGGAGAAGGCAAUAUGUGUGAGCGUGUGCCCGGAUGGCCUAGGUAGUAUGCAAACACCCAGAGCUGUUCUUGGGCUUUGGGCGUAGCAGGGGAAGCUACGUUGGGGCGCCAGUUUGGGCGAUACGGGGUCGCGAAGGUUGCCGUGAGACAACGCGGACAACCCGCGCCUUGAUGUGUGCCUCGGGUUACUUGCUGAAACCCUGCUGAAGUAAGUGCUGAAACCCUGCUGAAACCCUGCUGAAGUAAGUGCUGAAGUAAGUGCUGAAGUAAGUGCUGAGCUGCUGAAGUAAGCCUUUCUUUUGGACGACGUCCAGCGUGACCGUUGUGUUGUGGUCCCGACACCUAAAGGAUUGCUCCUUCGCUCGGCAAGAACCUCUUACGGCAGAAU